CAUUUUAAGAAAGCACGCCUGCAUCCGAUCAUUCCGCCAUUCUGCUAGUUCACCUCGUUUUCCGCGCCGGCUCGAUGUCCUCCAACCUACAACCUCAACGGUAACUCAAAGGGAUACCAGCUUUUGUAGAAGCGAACCCAUGUUGGACCCCACAGCUAUGCCCAAUGGAAAGAAGGGUACAGAAUGUGACUGAAAGGUCUUCGCCUUCAAAAGCUUCUCCCUCCCAGCCGGACCACCCUCCCCUCCCCACGAUGCUCCGCUCUUCCGUUCUCGUGCCCCCACCAUCGCCGGCGCCUCCGCAGACAACAUGAACACCCUUGUGGAUACCAUCCGCCGCUUCUCCUCCGAACCCGUCAUCGCUUCUUCGUCCGAGCUUGGAAGUCUGGUUUUCGAGGUCUCCGCCGCCCGCUCCUCCUUUCUGUCGGAGGAGCGGUUCCUCCGAAAGCACCCCGUUAUACACCUUCUGAGCCUAGGCUUCAGCCCUGGACGCCGCCAGGAUCUCCCGGGCUCCGGCUCCGCCGUGCCCACCUCCGCUGCAUCGACCGUUGACAUCCAGCGUCUCGGAUUGUCCUUCUUCUUCGACCGAUGUUCCGGCGGGGCUUCACUUCUCUUGGAUAGCUCUCCUACAGCCAAUCUUUUUGGUCUUGCCCCGAUUCCGAAGUUUUCGAUGCGCGGGGAGGAGAGUGGGUCGAAGGCCGAUACUGACUCUACUUCACCGGGGAGGAAGUCCUUGAUGGAGAGCGAACUGGUACUCCCUCGAUCGGACGAUUCCAAUGGUCCUGCUUAUGCCAUAGCCAGUUCCGGAAAUAAGGACACUGCUAAGAUGACGGCUGCCCGGAGCACAGGCUCAGUUGAGGAAAAGCGAUAUGUUUGGGCAGACAAAUACCGACCGAAUAUUCUGACCAAGUUCAUCUGUAACAAGGACAAGGCACUGGAGCUCCAUCAGAUGGUCAGUUCAGGAAAGGGCAGUCAUUUGAUUUUUGAAGGUCCUCCUGGUGUUGGGAAGAAAACUAUGAUUUUAGCAACAUUAAGGGAAAUGUUUGGAUCAGAGAAUGUUAAGGUGAAAAUGGAACUAAGGAAGUUUGAGUUGAAGGGAGAAUUUGUUUCAAGUAUUGAAAUUAGCAUGGGAACAUCUUCACGGCAUGUUGAGGUUAAUCUGUCCGAUAUGCAUGGAUAUGAGAAGUAUGUCUUAGUUACUUUGAUAAAUGAGUCUCAUAUAUCAUCAGAAAAGCAUGUCAUCUGUGAUGGUAGAAAUUGCAGAGUGAUAGUUAUCCAUGAUGCAGACAAUCUUUCAACAGAUGCUCAACAUUAUGUCAGCUGGCUCAUGGAAAAGUACCAGGGUUGUAAUAAGAUUUUCUUCUGCUGUUCAGAGGCCUCAAAGCUUCACAUCAUUGAGCCUCUCUGCAAGACAGUAAAACUCCAACCACCAUCGGACGACGAGAUUGUUCAAGUUCUGGAAUAUAUUGGAAACCAAGAGUCCAUAUAUUUGCCAAAGCAUAUGUCCAAGAUAAUUGCUGAGAACUCAAAGAACAAUCUUCGACAGGCAAUUCGCUCAUUCGAAGCAUCCUGGAAAUCAAACUAUUCACUGAAAGAGAACAAGGACAUCCUAACUGGCUGGGAAGAUGUCAUUGCUGGAAUAGCCAAAAGUCUUAUUAAAGAGCAAAGCCCUAAACAAUUAUAUAUCAUCCGUGGGAAGCUCAAGAAUCUUAUUGAGCAUGAUGUUUCACCAGAUUUUAUAUUCAGCACCCUUUUUGAGGAACUGAAGAAACAUUUGGAUGAACAUCUGAAAGCCAAGGCUGAAUUCCUCUAUCAUAAAUACCAAUAUCAACAAGAUUCUGACAAAUGGAAUGACUCAAAGAAGAACCUCCGUUACUUCAUGAGGAUCGAAGAAUUUACUGCUCAUUUUAUGAGUUUGUACAAGUCAUUCAUCACGAAGACCGACACCGAACCCAAGCACUGAACAGGCACAGUACGAAUCGGUAGAACAAUAAGAAUUGGCGAUCAUCUCACUCAAGGUUCCUCCUUUGGGGUUGAUCAGUAAUUUGUUCGAAAGGAUGGGUAGGCUGGCAAUUUGGUUUUGCCCGUCAUAAACUGUCAGAAUCGAACCAAGUAUUUUCUCUACUUAAAUGCUUAACUGCAGUAGCUGAGAAGUGGUACCUCAUAAUUAUUAUUCAUGUCUAUUUUACAUUUGUUUGCGAGUAUGCUAUGUGCUAAUUAAUUGCGUGAAA